ACGCCUUAGCAAAAUUUGAAGAGGCUCAUUUUUAUUAUAUUCAAAAGUUCUGUGUGACAAAACAAAAGUUAACAUUUAUUGAUUAAUUACAAAUAUAAACGUGUUAGAUACUCGUGCUCAUUGUGCCGGCUGUUGAAUACCACUCAAUUAGAUAAAGAUCGGGCAAAAAAUGGGCAUCACAGAAACGCCGAAAACAGGAGCAGCAACCACAGGCAACGCAGCGGCAAAUGAAAGCAAAAAUGUUUUGACUUUGGACACGUUUCAGGAGAUUUUCAAGUGUGUGGAGCCGGAAGUACAAAUCGAGGCAUUCGAGCUGGCGCAAGGCUCGGGCCGUGGUGAUAACUAUACGGCAGCAUUGUAUCGCAUCUACCUGAGUGGGAAGCGACAACAUUUGGAUGGCAGCACACACAAAUGGGAGCAGAAUGUUAUAUGCAAAGUGCUGCCAGAGAGCGUUGUCCAACGAGAGGCCUACAAAAGCGAUAAGCUCUUUCGCAAUGAGGUGGAGUUUUAUACCACUAUAAUGCCGGAGUUGGUCAAGUUUCAGGCGAGCAAAACGGGCCUGGGGGCGCAACUAUUUAAUUCCAUUCCCAAAUGCUAUACAGCUCGACAUGAUCUGCUUAUUAUGGAGGAUUUGCGUGUUCGCGGCUUUGAGAUGUCGGAUCGCCACAAGGGACUUAGCAUGGAGGAGACGGAGUCGGUGCUGUUGCAGGUGGCACAGUUGCAUGCACUCAGUUUGGCCUACAAGUUUGAGCAUCCGCUGGAGUUCACCAAAAUGUGCAGUGUCAUCAGCGAGGGCAUCUUCUGCACGGCGAAUACCAGUUGGUACAAAAACUACUAUGAGCGUCUGACAAAGAACGCCAUCAAAAUGGUAUCCGAUGUUCUGCCUGCCGAUUCAAAAUAUAUGCAGGCAAUGCGCACCUUUGCCGAGGACUCCUCAUUUUUUGGACAAAUGGUGGAGUUGGCCAGCGCAGAGUCGCCGCUGUCGGCCAUUUGCCAUGGCGACUGUUGGGUGAACAAUUUUCUGUAUCGCUAUGAUCCAGAGGAUCGACAACGAGUGCUGGAGGUGGCACUGGUUGACUUCCAGCUAGUGCGCUACAGUUCCAUUGCAUUGGACAUUGCCAAUCUGCUGUACUGCUGCACCACCAAGAAAUUGCGCGACGUUCAACUCCAGACGCUGCUCAAGAUCUACACAGAGGAAUUGUACAAGUGGCUGGAAAUGCUCUGCACCAUUCUGCCGGAGCAUUGCAAUACACUGGAAAAAUUUCAAGAACUCUUUGCUCAGGAACUGAAAACCUAUGGAAGAUUUGCUCUCGGUCUGGCCAUGGACAUAAUACCCAUUAGUACGUGUUCUUCGGAGGAUGCACCCGAUAUGUAUUUAAAUCACAAUGAUGACCCCGAUGAGGAUGUAGGCGCGCCCACAUUAAACUUUCCGCCCAACGAUCUGUGUCGACAGAAGAUGUCCGAAAUUGUAAUUGACAUGGUCGACAGUGACAUGCUCUAGAAGAUGGCCAACAAAAUGAUCUUCAUAAAAUUCCUGAUUAGGUUGCUUUAGUACAAGUUAUUUGAAUUUUGAGUUUGUGGUCAAUUUAGAAGAAAUGCAUAAUUCAUAAUUUACAAAAUGUAAUUUACGUUCAUUAAUAUGCGAUUAUGCCCACAAGAUUUAGGUUAGAUUAGACAUAACAUACUUUAUUAUUCCACUACCAAGUAAUAUGUUUACCGUUAUGUUUCUCUAGCAGCCAACUUAAAAACAAAGAUCGAUUGUGAAUUGUAUGCGUACAUAUAAAUCUAGUUACCAUACACAUAUAGUUAACACCAAACAGACAAUAGACAAAUUGUCGAGGCAAACGCGUGUUUUUCUAUAGUACUGUGUUUACACAAAAGCAAUAAAUAACAUACGAACGAUACAAAAUAAAAUUA